UGACAACCACCACAAUAUGGGAAACUGCUUCGGUCAGAAUCUUACUGAAGGCACUCACAGCGCCGUUCCGUACAAACCGAGCAAGAAAUGGCAGGAAACGAGACUGAAACGCCCAUCUCGCCGCAACUCGAGAUGCAUUGACAUAUCAAGGUGCGGUCGGCGAAACGUGCUGCUUUCGUCUGCCGGACACUCAUUCGACAUUUUCUUCAUCACUCAUUUCGAUCGGCAGCCACAUUGAUGACAGCGUGUAUGCAGCCUGUGCCUCCGACGCUCGAACUCCUCGACCAGGAAUAGGUCUGAGACGCACGACCACCAACUACCCUUGGGCGUCUGGUGGCAGAUCAUCAGCCUCAAAUGGGUUGAUUGGCCGUC